CUGUUUAUUAUCGCAACGGAUGGAUUUGGGUCAGGACAUACUGUGGCGUAGUUUGAUUAACCAGGUGAUAGCUGACGAAAAGAACGCCAAAAAAAUCAACAAGGUGCUGAAGUGUAUUCCAAAUGCAGAUCGCAAUUUGGCUUCAAAGGAAAAAGCGUUAGAAGUACUGAGAUCUGCGGGAAUCAUCGAUUCAAUACUUCACGUGGUUCUACCAAACGUUCCAAGCGCCAAAGAAGUUAAUACACCGGAAUUUGAAACAAUCCACAGUGGAAAAACAUCUUUUUCGAAUGGCAUUUGUGAUGUAGAGCAGAAACCACCAUUCACUGUUGGGCUUGUUGUGGAAAUAUUCAGAGGCACUGCCUUCAUAGAACACAUAGGGAGUUACAGGGAUUAUAUUCUUGAAGAAAAAGGACAGGUUAAAUCAGCUGUUAUUAUUCAUCUUGCUUGUGGACGUUACCGUGACUGCUCGAAACCGGCGCCUUUCACAAGCGAAGUUAACUUUGGAGAGGAGUUUUGCCUUCCAUUGACGACAGAUACCGAAGACAAUCGAUCCGCCGGGCCUCAACAAAUUCUACUCGAAAACUCCACUUCAGCACAUCAUUUACACAUAGUCGUUGUUUCGAGAGAAUUUGAUACUGGCCGUACAAACCUGGUGGCCUCAACUGUGCUCGACUGGCGGCGGCACUUGUUUCACGGUACUAAUUCCGCCCAGACGGCCGGAGAGCAACCAUGGACUGCGUUUUUUCCGCUGGAGCUGAAAAGCGUGGAUCCGGACUCGAAGAUGACGGCCGGUAUUCUGGAUUUGCGGCUCAGUAUUGUUUGGAAUUUGCCCGACAGGCUUCCUGACACACAGCCGUCUCCGUCCAGAGGACCAAAGCGGACACCUCCCCCUCCCCUUCCACCCCAGGUUGUUGAUGUUCAAUUCGCUCUCGAGUCCGCCAGGGCUUCGCAACGCGAACAGAAUUUCACCCUCUAUGUCCGUCAAUGGUGGCAAGAACUGACGCGCAUUCGAGAAGGACUGAUUUCCAGACGGCUCAUCAAACUGUUUGCUGUGGAUGAGAAUUCCACGAAUCAAUUCGUGUGCAAAUUUGUACGUCCUCUGAAUGCUCAGCGUUUCGUCAGGACUCCCACAGAGGCCGCGCGGUUUGUCUCCACCAUUCCAUGUGAACCGUGUCGAGGUGUCGGCGGUGGUCCGCGGGAGCAGUGGUGUUCCACCAUCGCGCUUCCCUCAUAUCGUUUGGCAUCACAGCUGGAAGCCGUCACGAAGAGACUGAAGCUUACCAUGGUGUGGCGACCCAUCGAGCUAUACUGGGGUGGGGGAUGUCCGCGCGACACCAACAGAGUUUCUCAUACCAGCAUAGUCCCCAUUCCGCCUAACCGUUUUCUACCUUCAGCGCUUGCUUUUUUGGCAAGAAACCGAGGAGACGUCGCGGAUCAUGCGAACCUCCUGUGUUCUCUCCUCCUCGGUUUCGGAUUGGAUGCCUACGUAAUGAUUGGAACGCGGCGCUCCUGUGAUUCUGGGGCAGACAGUGCGGAUCUCAAUGGCAGCACAUCAGCUAAGUCGUAUAUUUGGGUUGCCGUUUUUAAUGUUGAUUCUUCGGUUGUCUUGUUUUGGGAUGCUGUAUCCGGUCGGCGACACGUUCAAACCGUGGAUUCUAGCUGUGGGGACCUCAAUACCAAUUUGUAUAAAACAGUAGAUUGUGUGUACAAUCAUAACUCGUUCUAUGCGAACAUACAGCCGUCAAAUGAUUUGGCAAGCUGCUCAUUACGGAUCUCGGAUUCAUCCCACUGGUAUCCCCUCCCUUCAGAUGUGAUAUCUUCAGUUACCACCUAUUCGAACCUGGUUCCGGAAACUCUACGUGGCCCCGUUUCGAAUACCGCCGAAUUGGGUGAUCGUAUUGUACGUGAACUACGUACGUUGGUAACCAACUGGCGUAUGGCCCGUCUUCAUCAUGAGUCGCCAAACACAUGGACGUGGGACGAAGAAUUAUGUCGAAUGAUGUCCCCAGUCCUGGCUGGGUUUGAAGCUGAUCAUCUACUUGCGUGUAUGGCUCUCGAGGCUGAGAUGUCUUCCUCUACCACGUGUCAACUCGAAGCCCGGUUGAACAUGGCAGCGAUCCAUAACUACGUCCCUGAGGGUUACACGUUCAAAGCUUAUCCUAUCCAGGUAGGUCAAUCGCGGAAAACGUCCAGCACCAUCGACUACGAUGGCUCGGUCAUGUGCUACGCAUGCCGAAGCACCGUCUACCGAGACGAGUGUUGUUCUCAGUGCCUCGUUCAGGAUGGCACAAACCACAAGGUGGACAAUGUACUACGUCGCGGAAAAGAUUACGAAGAGUUUGGAUGUCGUGUACGCAAAUCGCGCACACCUCGCUUAGCCAUUGAGAAGCUAGUUGAUCCAGAAACCAAACGAAACUAUCAGAAACAGCUCCUCGAAUGCCUGCCGGACGGUACGGUGUCGGAUAUAAACGGCCACUGGGGAAAAAUAUCCAACGCGUUACUCAAAGCAGGAGAGUCUGCUUGCGGUACAACCCAGCCAACCUCAUCCAAGCAUUGGAUCUCUGAUAGAACCGUGUCUUUUCUGGAGACCCAGCGACAGAUUCCACCUGCUCGCCACCAGGUGGCGCAUCAUCCGACGCCAGGUGAAAGUGACUGUCCGCGCAAACCGAGAAGCUUGGUGGACCCCUCUCCCCACCCCAUGAAUAACUCUCCUCUUGCAGGCCCAGCACUUAGGACUGAUGACUCCGUUCGUCAUGCAUCGGUUUUGCGUGUAGCAUCUACUCGUCACACGGUGCCGACAUCUUCAGGAAUCUCCAGAUCAGUCCUCAAGCCUCGACACCCACUCUAUCUGGCCGCGCUCAAUGUUCGCACUCUGAAGCAAGCAGGACAACAAGCUGCCCUUGCAUUCACACUGGACUCGCUUGGCAUUGAUGUGUGCUGUGUCUCAGAAACGAGAAUUCAAGAUGCAAGCACAGUGAUUGAGUUAACCGCCCCGUCAGUCUCCACUCGCUUCCGGCUACGCACCUCUGUUGAUCCAGAUGCUGCUGCGGUGGGAUAUGGCGGGUCUAACGCGUUUGUGUGUGUUUCUCUCUGCGUGUACCACAGCUCAUUUCACUACGGGUUGCCGAACGGGAAGUGGAGCGUAAUUUUGAAUAUAUUGCAUCAACACUACUCUCAUCUCCAACACACCGGCAACAACAGCAGCAGCUACUCAUGCGAUUUACCGGACGAGGACACGGUCGAUUUCUCAGUUUUGCUACCAGUCGGAGAGGGGUACAGCGCCACAACAACAGCAACAAUAAUCAACCUGUAUCGACCAGAACGAGCUAGCCUGUCUUGUCCGGUCCUGUAUCAAAACGAUUACAACUUUGCUUUUUUUAAACGUUGGUACAUUCUUCUUUAUUUAUUCAUCAAAUUCGUAAGUGGAAUGCGAUAUUUGACAAUGUUUCCGAAUCCACACUUUCUACGUUCGUUCAACUCGCAGUGCAUUCUGUAUGACAUCAAUCCAGCAACGCCUUCGCUUUUGUUGAAAAUGAUGGACACUGGAAACAGAAUCCGGUUGCACAGUGGUUUGGUUACCAUGUGUAUUUUAUGCACAUUUGUACCCAUUGGAAUAUACACUGCCGUACCGUUUAACACCGCGUCCCGUGAGGAUAUUUUACGUAAAUUUGUAAAUUAUGUACAAAGUGAGAAGACAUUUUGUUUCCCCGAUGCCUGGUCCCCCGGAUCCGCACAGGAUAGUGAUGAAUCAUUGUCUAAAGGACCUGUGUUGACAUUCCAUCCGUUGUUUACCGAUGUAAUCACUCCGCACUCUUUAAUGAGUAGCUUUCAUGAGGACGUCAAAGAGUCCAUUCGAAUCAUGCGUGUAAUCAAUCGAUUGUUCCACUUACCCCAAGGAAUACCGACAAAUGUAAUGACAGAGCUUUUGAAUUCCUAUAUCCAGGCCGCGAAACCAGUCACAUUCCGACAAACGAAUGACUUGACUACCAGUAAUGUGACUUCAGCCAACCAAAAUGUGACAUCUAUGUUAGCCAUAGGAUUGUGCAAGGACAGUGGACUAAUUUCUUAUGCAACAUCCGGCACAGAAGUGAUAAGUCCAGCAGUGCCCAAGAAAGUAUGUGCGGAAUUGAAAACCGCGGCAAAGCUCCACGAUCUGAGGAGUUUCACAGAGGAGACAAUCUACGAACGAUUUCAAAUGAACUGGGUGGCGAAUCAGUGUGAACAAAUCGCCGGCCGUCCAGCUGUCAUUCGUGUUGCUGUGCGUCCUGUGGAAGGCACCGGAAAACUUCACCUCUUCUUCGAACUGAACAUGGAAAAUUUCACACUGGAUCAAUGCAAACUGAACAUUCAUCGAUGCGGUGCGACGACAAGGUGCGUUUACAAGCGGUAUGCCCCUCACGCAUUCGCAAUGGAUAACUACGUUUGCCAAUGUACUGAGGGAUUUUUCUGGAAUAACGCGGAAAACGGCUUUCCAGCGCCAUUCAUUCAUCACCAGCUUCAGGUGGUUUCAGGAGAGACUAUUCCAGCUUUCCAAUGUCGCGCCUGUCCUUCGGGCUGCAGUCGGUGUGGUGAUAGCGAAGGUCGCACCUGCGAAGCCACACUUGAUUUCAACGUACUGCGCGCCAUCCCUUUGGCCAUGCAGAGCUUUUGCAUCACGGUUUGCCUCUUGCUUGGUCUCACUUUGCUCCGCCUCAGAAGAACACGAGUCAUCAAAGCAGCCAAUUGGAUACUGAUGGAAAUUUUGCUUCUGGGUGCCAUCCUACUUUAUUUGAUUGUGAUCGUGAUUUAUUUCCCUGCCAGUGAUAUCACCUGCAUCCUGGUCCCCUGGCUUCGUGAACUCGGGUUCUCCAUCAUGUAUGGUGUCCUGAUUGUGAAGAUUUAUCGGGUCCUUUCGGCGUUCCAGUCGCGAAAAGCUCACCGCGUCCAUGUAAGAGAUAAGGACAUUCUCAAAUUCCUUGGAAUAUUCAUAGUGACCACUUUCACCUACAUGGUAGCCUGGACGGCGGUCAAUUUGGACUACAUAUCUUCAGCGCCGUGGAAUCCCAGACCAGAAGCGCAAAGUUCCGUGGUUAGCAUGAUCCGCAUUGGACAGUAUCAAGUUUCCAGAAGCACCAACGAACAAAAGGACACGCUGAACAGCACCGGUUUGACUGUGGAUGACAGAAACCUUACUAGCUCUGUGGCAGCAUCAAUGGCACCGGUGGAAUCCGUCACUUUUGAAGUUUGUCGCGCGCUUUCGUGGGAUAUUGUCGUCGAAUUAUCGGAAUUCAUUAUUCUAGCUGUUAGUAUACACUACUGUCGUCUGGUCCGAACAGCACCAUCCGAGUACAACGAAACUUUGUACAUCAGCAUCGCAUUGAUUAUCGAACUGACUGUCUCGGGGAUUUUCAAUAUUGUCCGGCACCUGAUCUGGUAUUCCGUACAUCCAGACCACGUUUUCCUACUCUACUUUGCCCGGUCGCACAUCACUGUUACCGCCAAUCUGCUUCUUAUUUUCGGCCCAAAAGUCUGGUUCAUCUACAGACCGUCAAGUACAGUCACCGGACAGGGCCGUUCCCGAGCCAGCACGACUACACCCUAUACGGCUGACGCAACCUUGGCCUCAACGGGAAAACUGCCCUUGACACUCAAUGGGGACCUUGACAUUGCCGAUGUCAAUUUGUCCGAUAUGGAUCCCGAAGUUAUACGACGAGAACUCAAGCGUCUAUACACCCAGAUUGAAUUGUACAAGACAAAAGCUAUGAGAAAAGACAACCCACACAUCAGUAAACGACGCGGAGGUCGGAAACAACGCAGGUUCUCACUCCAGCCGUUCCACAAACGGCAUCACGGGCAAACCGGCUCGGGUAAUGUGCCAAUAAUGGUUGAAGGAGAAGUCGGUGAAUACGGGUGGACCGGUGGUCGUGGGGGUAAGGGUGUUUGUCCGAAACACGGGAGGCACUACAUGGGGUUUAGUCAAGGUGCUACGGGGUCAUCGGCCAGACAAGGUAGCUACCACGUCCAUUCAAGCAUUGUUCAUGACGAAGAAGUUUCCAGACUCUCGGAAGAAUCUACAAACAGUGUGGAUGAUCUGAAUCUUUCUAUUAGUAUGGGUCCGCAAGGUGCCGGGGAGAGGAGUCAACAGGAGGCGCGUGGUUCAAAGGGCAAAACAACCAGCUCAGAACAGCCACGACCCGGAUGAAACCCACAAGGAACUGGCCUGCUCUGAGCACCUGCCGGGCUCAUGUACAUAACGAUAUACACGCAAAAUGCCACGUACAGAAACUGCUGACUAUCAAGGCAACGCUCAACCACUGUAUUGACUUAAAAACAGAUAUGUAUGUAUUGGAUGUAAUUCCCUUCCCCCCGAACACCUCAGAUUUUGAAACAUGUAAAUUGAUCCUGCCCAAACAGAAUCGCUGUCGUUGUUUAGCGUUCAUUCAUGCAAUAUGGUCUUUGGUUGAAUUCUCCCCCUCCUAACCCUCCCCCCAACCCCGGAAACACACACCCCGGCAAUCGACUUCAUUUCCCC